ACCCUAAUUGCUGUCUAUACCUCACUCUCUCAGUCUCAUCUCAUCUCAUCACUGUCGCUCUCACUCACUCGUUUCGUUGUUCAUCUUCAUCUUCUGCACCGAUCGGCGAUCACUCUCAUCUCAUCACUGUCUCUCUCUCACUCUCUCGUUUUUCAUCUCAUCGCACCGAUCGACUCACGAUCUGAAUCUGUGUUCUGUGUGUUUGUUUUGGUCUGAAUCGCAUCGCACCGAUCGUCUCACUCUCUCAUCGCACCGAUCUACUCACGGGUUUUUAUACUGCACGGGAUGGACAAGUUAGCUUGCAGUUGCGAAAAAAUGGAGAUGAUCUAAUACGGAGCUUUUAUCAUAAUAUAUCUCCAGGGAUUGACAUUCAUCAGUCUCUGGAUGAUGUACUGGUAGCAAUUUGGUGUAUCAAGAAUCUCCCAAUUGUUAUUAGUAUCUCAGAGAUUGAUCAUCUAUUUUGGACACUGUAUCAUAUGUAAGCUGAAGUAAUGAAUUACCCGCAAGAGAAGUUUGUGAGGAUUUUCGAAAAUCUUCAUAUUCGAAGGGUUUAGGCUUUGAGAAUCGGGUGUUUGUUUGGUUCCUGAGAAAAUAACCAGGCAGACACCAUCCACGAAGCGUACCGUAGAGUUCGCGGUCACUCGCCGACGGCAUUCUCAGGCACUUCGCCUCGACAGCACCACCCUUCUCCGCCGCCCGGAACUGGACUGAACUUCCACUCCGUUUCGUAACCGUCAGUCGACAAAACUUGUGUCAUUGUUUACACUUCACAAUCGAACCAGGAGUUUGGUUUUUGGAACCAUGUUGAAGCAAGCAUAUCACAAGUUAUGUGCUCAUGGAGGUGAUAAAAUUAGGCUUUGUUUGUAUUCACAAACAAGAGGUAUUCACUGUGGCCAGCCUUCUUUGGGACCAAGAAGCUUUUUUGGGGUAGAGGAUUAUCUCGACGAUGACAAUAGCCGGCCAUACACAUAUCAGAAGUCGAAGAAGUCGAAGAAUACAGAUAAGCACGUAUCCUUCAAACAACGUACAAUAGCUUACAUGGAGCCAUUUACGCUUGACGUGUUCAUAUCUAAACGCUUUGUUUCGGCCUCGUUCACUCACAGGGUGACGAGCAAGCAAGUUGCGGUUGCUGGUACCAACUCCAAAGACAUCAAAGCCGCACUCAAGUCGCGAUCAGAUAUACCGGCGUGUUUGGCCGUAGGACGGAUUUUAGCAGAGAGAGCACGAGAAGCGGAUGUCUACACGGCUUCGUAUACUCCGAGGGAGAGGGAUAAGUUUGAAGGGAAGAUAAGAGCUGUUGUUCAAUCUCUCAUUGACAAUGGUAUUGAUGUUAAAGUUUAUCUUGAUUGAUUUUUUAUUUUUUUUUCCUUUCCAAAACUCAAGUUAGGAUCUUUGUGUUUCCUUUUGAAGUGUUUUUAGUAACCCUUUCAAAGGUGAAAGUCUUUUUGGUCCUGUUGUAGUCUUUUGUAGAUCCUUGAUCAAUGAAAUGAAGGAACACAUAUAUGCAUUCAUGAUCUUCUAUA